AUGCGACUGGGUCCACACGAUCUGCUCGAGUACAAUGCAAUAUACAAAGUGCUAAUCUGCCGAGAUUGCCACUACGCUAUUCAGAAAAAUGCGCUGGGAAGCCACUUGCUCCGCCACAAAAUUUACCGUGAAGAAAGACAACGCUUACUGUCCACCAUUAACGGCCUUGACAUCGUUGAACCGGAUGAUCUUCCCCUGCCCAACGCAAAUACACUACCGGUUGAUACUCUACCUGUGGUAUCUGGGCAUUGCUGUACUGUGGCUGGAUGUGGACAUCUCUGUGCCAGCUCUAAACGCAUGAGACGCCACUGGAGCGAUGCCCAUGGCGUCAAUGGAUCAAAUAAUUUUUCCUCUCUUGCACGCGCAGUAAAGCUUCAGACAUUCUUCCGCGGUACGAAACUUAAGUAUUUCGAGGUCUCGGCGACAAGCAGCAAUGCCGAGUCACAGCUUUCCGAUGAUAAGAUUGGAUAUGGUAGAGAGGGCUCUACGCUGAACGCAGCGCCAUCACCAGCACAGUCUACGCCAAACUCCGAGCCUUGUCCUGCGGUGGACCUAGAAACAUUGAUAUAUUUUCAUCAUUUCAUCACUGCAACGAAACUGUCACUUCCUGGGGCCGUGGACUCUCUACCGUCGUCACAAUACUGGGAGAAAGACAUCAUUCCACUGGCUCUACAGCGACGGUGGCUAAUGUGCGGAUUACUGGCCAUUUCCGCGUACCAUUUAGCCACGUUCGAGGAUGAGACAACAGCACAAAAAAUUCACCGUGAGCGGGCGGCAAAGUUUAAUUCCGAAUUCUUUGCCGGGUUCAACAUGAUAACCAACGAUGAUACGAAUACAAUGGCCACCGAGGCUUUCCAGAAAGCAAACAAGGCAGGAAUACAAAUCAGAAGCAUCCUGAACUGCAUACAAUGGACUUUAAAUGGAUUCACUAUGAGCCAAGAGACUACCCCAGGUCCUGCAACCUUUUCUCAGCUAGAGUCCAUACUACAAGGCAUUCGAAGUUCUGUUUCUUCUGAAUCGGUGACGUCUUUAUGCAAAGAUCAGAGCAGGGAUGAGGGCUCUCAGAGAGCCUUAGAUAAGAAUGGCUCCUUAGAAAACGACAAUGCACGGACUAUGCUACUCAACCAUAUUCAUAUGCUUCCGUACCGCAUGGCAGAGAUUUUCGGAAAACCAGAUCAUGAUCAAGAUGCUCCAGCCAUUCUGCUCGCCAUUGAAGCCUUGUUCAAAUGCUGUAUUAGCAGUUUUGAAUCUGAUGAUUUGUUAGGAGUGUGGCAGUGUAUGGCCGCAUGGCUGAUUAAGACACCGGAUCAUUUCAACCGUAUGGUAUCGCUCCAAAACUCAGCCGCGCUUGUUGUUCUAGCCUACUGGGCCGCCAUUCUGGUUGAACGAGCCGAAAGUCGUGGGGUUUGGUUUAUACAUGGCCUCCCCAGGAGAAUAUUGUUACAGAUUCGGGAGCAUCUUUCUACAGAUGAUGCGGCUUGGGCUUUAGUUCAAGAAAUGAUGGUAUGA